AUGCCGACCGCACCGGGCAUGGAUAUACACCACCUGAAAUAUGACGACAAAGUGUUUCUUGACAAGAACACCGGAAUAAGAUUUCGAUGGCUAUUUCUUGCGAAGAGUCACAUGGUGACCAGAUCGCCAAACCGCGGUGCUCUUGGCCAAUACCAAGGGCCCUUUGGUUGCGUGUUCUGUCCUCGAGAAAGAAAUACUCCCACAGUCCCCUUUGGCACUCUAGAUGACCUACUCCAGCACAUCGGGGCCACGCAUCGAUCUUUAGAGCCACUGGUGGCCCUGCAAAUGACACAGUGUAUUCUUGGAAGGGUUGCAGACCCGGAGGAAGCCUUCGAUAUCAAUAUACCUUCUUUCUCCACAGUCAAAGGUGGCCCUGACCCCGACACAGCUUCCGAUGACAUGAUUAAACAGGAAUCACCAAUGCCCGAUGUGGAGAGAAACUAUUUGUUAUUAACUGGAAAGGAAAUAGAGGAAUCUCAACGCGCGGAAAAUGAUUUAUCUCCAUCUAUGAUCAAGACAAGAUCGGCCGGGUUGGAUGUCGCAACCCCUUGGGAUCUCAACACAGCCACACUGCCCGAAAUUUCUAAGUUGGAUUCACCGAAACUGAGACAUGAUCUUUCAAAAUCGAUACAAGAGACUGGCGAUUGCAAGAUAAACCAACCACAAAGCAAAAUUUCAGAUUCGGCCAGCCUUUCUUCCGGAGAUGUUUCGGACCUGAGCUCCACACAGACUACUAUUACUCAUCCCGAGCAAGGCGACGACGACGAUAAUAUAUCCAGCUCACACGUCGGAGGCUUGGAUCAUAUAUUAAAUGCAGCUGCCUACUACGACGCGCUUGACUUGCUUGAGGUUGAAACAGCAGAAAUUUGUGGAAUUGGAUCAGGCCCUCAGAUACAAACGGAGAAUAUAGACGAUUGUCUCAAUACUUUGAAGAGGGCGAGAGAUGGCUUGAAUCACCUCAUAUCACGAGGUUUCUGCGGAGAGACACUGAAUAUUUUGGUUGAAAAGCCAUCGCGACCGAAAGUUGCAAACGUCGUUCAUAUAUCGCUUGAUGAGCUGAAUCAGCUUAUUUCGACCAUCGAGCUUGGUAAUUCAUCCAUCGAUUCCGGCUCAAAUGGUCCGGAUAUCCAUUCAAAGUUGAUGGAAAAGCUUUUCGAUGACCCUUUGUCGGAGCCAUCUCUUAUCAUGAAAAUGCCGAGCUUUUUGCAAUUUCUUAGCAUAAUCAUACCACUUGGGCUACUUUCAUUCUCGGGUUCCCAUGUGUGCCGAUUCGAUAUUAAUGUAUGGGAUCAAGUGAUGGAGGAAAUUCCUGUUGGGUUUGGAUAUUCCUUCUCUCUUCGGCAACUAGCAUGUUUAAAGGAUUUUGUUGGUGGGCCUGCAUGGGUCCUCGGAAAAAGCCGCCCAACCCCAGAAAUAGAGCGAGGUGGGAUGAAAGUUUCCCUGACAGUCCAAGAUCUUCAUGAGCUCUGGGGACCAGUCUCGCUGGUACGAAGGGCACCGAAUGAAAGUCUAUUAAUAAAAACAGAAAGGGGAUUUAUUGUGCCCCUCCAAGGCCAGAUCACUUUGGAUGAUGAUUGUUCAUCAGAAGUCGAGUGCCACUGGACAGAAGAAGAGCCGGUUUCUCUCCAACAACAGCGGCAGGUCUCAUUAAGCAGCACGUCACGACUUUUGAUCGGCACCCCCAUCGUCAACAUGAGCGCGAUGAAAUCAAACCCUGAAUGUGGAUCGCAAAUCUCUGAAAUCCAACAGGGAAUAUGUGAUCUUCUCCAGUUUCCAGGGACCUGUAACGAGUACUUUAGCAUGGAGGGCCACGAUAUUCAGUUCUCCGGAGGCCAGUACGUCAACCUGGGACUGGUGAUAAAGCACAAACGAAACCCAGCGAGAACACUCAAGUCUGCACUCAUCGCGGAAUGCCUCAAGCCAGACACUGACAUCAAGCCAUAUCUCAAGCUAUCUAUUGGGCUAGAGAUCAGUGCAUGUACUGGAAACGCCCAACGUGUGACUCUGUGGGAUGCAUUACGCUUGGCACAGACCAAAGAGAAUGAUUUCGGUGCGCCACUCAAAUGUGUUCACGCUAUUGCCGAUCCAGCCUGCAUUCAAACAUGCUGGACCCGUUACACCUCCUCUAAUAUGGACUCGAUAUACAACUCCUUCCCCGCUACCGUCCUAGAUCAUGCCACAGCACGGCAGAUCAUCGUCAACUCAAUUAUCGCACUUCAACGCACGGGGGUAGAUCCAAUGCAAAACCUACAAGCGUACUGGCCCUUUUCAGAUCCGCCCAUGACGAAACGCAUAGAGCCGACACGCUCUAACAAAUGGCUCGACGUGAUCUCAGACACACGUGAUACGGCAGCAUUUGCAGUCAUCAGCCAGCGCUGCUUAGAGUUCCACGAGGCAGGUUUCAGGCGAUUAUGCUCAUAUCCGUGUCAGCAGGCACAUAUCCGACAUAAUAGUACAUGUUUAUCCAUUUGGCUUCUGCCUCGCCCUGUGUUCCAGCGAGAGCGGGGGCUCAGGCGUCUUCAAAUUGGCAAUCAAACUUCGACGCAAGAGUGUGACUUGAGUGUUUUGUCUUCAGGUAGCACGUUACGGGUUGGGAAAAGAAAUCUUGUUGUAGCGAAGCCGUGGCAAGCAUUUCACAAGCCCAUGAUUGCUACCCCUGGCUCGAAUCCGCUACUUGGCGUGGGCCUGGUAUGGGCGAGAAUUCCGGAUUUUCGAGAGCAGGUCAAUCCUGAUAUCAAGGGGGGCGAGCCUAUUGAAAUGGUGAUUUGCUCUUCGGAGACAGGGAGAGAUAUUUUACGAUGA